AUGGCUGCAGUCGCAGUGACAAAACAGGACGGACCUUUGCCUGGUUGGAAAAUUCUGGUGGAUUACAGAGAUACCAGAUGCUCAUCGGUCGACGGGCCCCUAGCUGCUUUUGAAUUUUAUGUUAAUGGAUCAGCUGAUGCAUUUAUUGGUCCGGGCUGUGAAUAUGUAAUAGCGCCUGUUGCAAGAUAUGCUGGUCAAUGGCGUAUCCCAGUAUUGACCGCUGGUGCCCAAGCUGAAGCAUUCGGAUAUAAGCAUCCAAGUUAUUUGACCCUUACUAGGAUGAUGGGAAGCUACACUCAAGCCGGUGUGGCCAUUAGAAAAGUUUUUGAGGAGUUCAGCUGGCGAAAGCUUGGCAUGUUAUAUCACAACAACAAUCCAGCGACAGGCAAAGGGAACAGUCCGUGCUACCUGACUUUAAGUGCUGUAUUUUCGGUUCUGCUAAAGAAAAACACCGGCUCGUCUAUCCCGAACAUACCGUUCGAUGAGACAGUCACUAACACGACUGUGAUAAAGCAAUUGCUACAGAAACUCUCGUUAAGCACGAGAAUUGUGGUGGUAUGCGCCAAUCCUAGUACAGUCAGGGAAAUUAUGUUGGCAGCUGACGAACUCAACAUGGUAUCUUCAGGAGAAUAUGUGUUUUUCAACAUUGAACUGUUUUCGAACUUAGCGUCUGCGUCAUCAAAAGAACCGUGGAAGAUAGAAGGGGAUUCAGAAGAAAGAAAUGAGAGAGCAAGGCGAGCGUACAGUGCAGUUCUUACGGUCACUAGCCCAGCACCAGAAAAAAAGGAGUAUUUAGAAUUUUCAGACAAGGUUAAGGAAUUGGCGGCCACAAAAUACAAUUACACAUUCGGCAAAGGCGAGAUGGUCUCAACAUUCGUGGCUGCUUUUUAUGACGCCGUAUUAUUAUACGCUCUCGCCUUGAAUGACACUUUGAGUCAGUCUGACAACCCGAGGGGCCAGCUGGACGGGGCCGCUGUUAUCCGCAAUAUGUGGAACAGAACUUUUCAAGGUAUAACAGGAGAAGUUAUAAUAGAUGCGAACGGCGAUAGAGUUGCCUCGUAUUCUCUAUUGGAUAUGAACCCCAAUACAAGCAAAUUUGAGGUCGUGGCUACUUACAUAGCGGCAAAUUCAUCUCUACAGUUCAUCGCCAAUCGGCCCAUCCACUGGGCAGGGGGCCGCAAUACCCCUCCGCCCGAUACCCCCGAGUGUGGCUUCGAUGGCUCCCUUUGCCCCGACAACUCCCUUCCCGUAUACGCGAUAUUGAGCAUCGUACUAAGUUCGGUUGUUGUUAUAUUGGCCAUUCUAUCAGUAUUCAUCUAUAGACAUUACAAGCUGGAAGCUGAAAUAGCGAUGAUGACCUGGCGAGUCAGCUGGACCGACGUGCUCCUUCCAGGUGGUAAACUACGCGGUAGCUUACACUCACUCGCACGGAGGUACAGCACUGGGACGGCGUACUCUGACGAGGCGACUUCACUGGCGGGCGAUCGGCAAGUGCCGUUGUUGCUCGAAUUGAAGAAAAUGAAGGACUUGGAGCACGACCAUCUGGCGAGGUUCUACGGUGCCUGCGUCGACCCACCGCACUGCUGCCUAUUAACGGAGUACUGCCCAAAAGGGUCCUUGCAAGACAUUUUGGAGAAUGAUACCAUAAAGUUAGACUGGAUGUUCAAAGUCAGCUUGAUGCACGAUAUCGUCCGGGGAAUGAACUAUCUUCACGGUACCGACAUAAGAUCACAUGGCGCGCUGAAAUCUAGCAACUGCGUUGUGGAUUCGCGUUUCGUGUUGAAAAUCACAGAUUUUGGACUUCACGCGUUAAGAACUGCCGAGAAAGAUUCCAAAGCGCACAGCUAUUGGACCCGCUUAUUAUGGACCGCACCGGAAUUACUUAGGAUGUCCGAGCCACCCCCAGAAGGGACGCAAAAAGGCGAUGUUUAUUCCUUUGGAAUUAUUAUGCAUGAGAUAGUUAACAGACAAGGCGCCUUCUGGUUAGGACCGGGAAUAGAUGUGGCCCCAAAAGAAAUUAUAGAAACUGUUAUCGCGAGUGGCAUUCGCCCGAAUACGGCCCACCAUCGCUCAUGCGAAGCUGAUGAAGCCACAGAGCUAAUGAGUCGCUGCUGGGCCGAAGAACCAACAGAGCGGCCAGACUUUGGUCACCUCAAAGGGGCCAUUCGACGUCUUAAUAAGUCCCAAGAGAGUAGUAAUAUAUUAGAUAAUUUGUUAUCUCGUAUGGAGCAAUACGCUAACAAUUUAGAGGCAUUGGUUAGUGAAAGAACUCAAGAUUAUUUAGAAGAAAAGAAAAAAUGCGAAGAACUCCUGUAUCAAUUGUUACCUAAGUCAGUGGCUUCGCAGCUUAUAAAUGGGCAAUCGGUGGUCGCAGAGACGUUCGAGAGUGUCACCAUAUAUUUCUCGGACAUCGUCGGAUUCACCGCACUAUCUGCUUCGUCCACACCGAUGCAAGUCGUCGAUCUAUUGAAUGAUCUCUAUACAUGUUUCGAUUCGAUCGUCGAAAAUUACGACGUUUAUAAGGUUGAAACAAUAGGUGAUGCUUAUAUGGUUGUAUCUGGCCUACCGGAACGCAACGGCACUCGCCAUGCUUGUGAAGUGGCGAGAAUGGCUUUAGCCCUUCUCGAUGCCGUCAGAAGAUUUCGAAUCAGGCAUCGGCCUCACGACCAGCUCAAGCUCAGAAUUGGUUUGCAUUCAGGGCCGUGUGUUGCGGGUGUGGUUGGUUUAAAGAUGCCAAGAUACUGUUUGUUCGGAGAUACAGUGAAUACAGCGUCCCGUAUGGAAUCUAACGGGGAGGCUCUUAAAAUUCACGUGUCCCCCACAACAAAGGCGCUACUGGACACCUUCGGAACAUUCCACUUAGAAUGUAGAGGGGAAGUUGCCAUGAAGGGCAAAGGAAUUCUAGUCACAUAUUGGUUAUUAGGUGAAAUCGUCGAUCCGAACGCACCUAAGGAGAAACCUCAAAUAGCAAAGCUGCAGACACAGUCCGAUGUUAGCGGUUCACUGUCCCAUUUGACACCGUUCAAACAACGAUUAGAUCACGGAUCUAGAACAUCCAGUAGACGAGGUUCAGCAAUAUUCCAACAGCAGAAAACGAAUGAUCUAAUUAAAUUAGAGAAAGACGUGCAACCGUUCCUACAAGUCAUUAAAAUGCAAAGGCAGAAUUCUGAGCCAUCCGAACCCGUGACAAAUGGCGUCACAGAUCACGCUAAGGACAUGGACAAGCUAAACGCGACAAAUUCAAUAGCUCUAAGCGUUAGUACUUUGAACCAUAAUUCCGUUAGUCAGAGUGGCCAGCCCAAAGUGAAACUUAAGGACUGUCAGGCGAAUUCCAUUGGCAAUCACAAGUCGAAUAAAGUGGGAAAUAAUAAUUGGAUUCCGAAGAUGCCCGCGGCAAGUUCCUUCGACAACGGCACUAAAAAGUGUACUGAGUCCCUAAAGGAUUAUAGUAGCGUGCCCCUUCUAUCCAAACCAGAAACACCAAACGAUUCCAUAGUA